AUGUCCGACUACGGCGAGAACGAAGCUGAAGAAACCUAUGACUACGAGCCCGGUCAGGACUAUGAUGAUAUUGAGCCCGAAGAUUUCCUCAACCCUGAGGACGCCGAGGGUGGCGAGAAUGGCGCGGAUGGUUACGACGACGGGUCCUAUGCACCCGCUGUGAACGGCGACCGUGUUGUGGUUUCAGGCGACCCAAAUGCAGGGUAUUCGGGGAAAGUGGUCGAACAGGCGCGGGCGAAGAAGAUCCCCAACGAGGAGCGCACGACAACUCCAUACAUGACCAAAUAUGAGAGGGCCCGUGUUCUGGGUACAAGAGCGUUGCAAAUCAGUCUCAAUGCGCCAGUGCUUGUAGACCUCGAGGGAGAGACCGAUCCGCUACAGAUUGCUAUGAAAGAGCUGGCCCAGAAGAAGAUCCCUCUUAUUGUGAGGAGGUAUUUGCCGGAUGGAACGUAUGAGGAUUGGACAUGCGAAGAACUACUAUAA